AUGGCGGUUGCCGAGGAGCCGGAGAAGAAAAGACGGAGAAUAGAGGACCUGUCUGAGAAAAUGGCUGUUGAUGGUGGACACAGUGAUGUUUCAUGCAACUGGGAUGGGCGGUGGAGUCACGUCAAGAAGUUCCUGGAAAGACCUGGCCCUUUCACCCAUCCAGAGUUUGAUCCCAGCACGGAGGCCCUAGACUUCUUGUUAGAGACAUGCAAGAUCUUGGUUAUUGGCGCUGGAGGACUUGGAUGUGAACUUCUGAAAAAUCUGGCCUUGUCUGGGUUUCGUAAAAUUCAUGUUGUUGAUAUGGAUACGAUUGAUGUGUCCAACCUCAACAGGCAGUUUCUCUUUAGACCCAAAGAUGUUGGUCGACCAAAGGCAGAUGUGGCAGCUGAAUUUAUAAACAACCGUGUUCCUGGAUGUGAAGUUGUACCUCAUUUUAAUAAGAUACAGGAUUUUGAUGAGUCAUUUUAUAGACAGUUCCAUAUCAUUGUCUGUGGAUUGGACUCUGUUAUUGCAAGACGCUGGAUGAAUGGCAUGCUGAUCUCCCUCUUGAGUUAUAUAGAUGGAGUUCUUGAUCCCGGCUCUAUUAUUCCUUUCAUUGAUGGAGGCACAGAGGGCUUUAAAGGAAAUGCUCGAGUCAUUCUACCCGGGAUGUCUGCGUGCAUAGACUGCACACUGGAGCUGUAUCCACCACAGAUCAAUUUUCCCAUGUGUACAAUUGCCUCAAUGCCAAGGCUACCAGAGCACUGUAUCGAGUAUGCCAGAGUCCUGCAAUGGCCCAAAGAAAAGCCAUUUGGUGAAACCAAUUUAGAUGGAGACAAUCCGGAGCAUAUUCAGUGGGUGUUUGUGAAAGCUCAGGAAAGAGCAACGGCGUUCAACAUCACAGGAGUGACAUACAGACUGACCCAAGGUGUUGUAAAGAGGAUCAUCCCCGCUGUGGCCUCUACAAAUGCUGUUAUUGCUGCUGCUUGUGCCACAGAAGUUUUUAAAAUUGCUUCAAGUGCAUACAUGCCCUUAAAUAAUUACAUGGUCUUCAACGACGUGGACGGCCUUUACACGUACACGUUUGAAGCCGAGAGAAAAGACAAUUGUUCGGCUUGUAGCCAGGUACCUCAAGAUCUUCAGUUUCCUCCAUCUGCUAAAUUACAGGAGGUUUUGGAGUAUUUAACAGAGAACUCUUCUUUGCAGAUGAAGUCCCCUGCUAUUACGACAACUCUUGAAGGAAAAAAUAAAACUCUAUACUUGCAGUCUGUUAAAUCGAUUGAGGAGCGCACCAGGCCAAACUUAUGCAAGACUUUAAAAGAGCUGGGGCUGUCUGACGGACAGGAGCUCGCCGUGGCUGACGUGACGACUCCCCAGACCGUUUUAUUCAAGCUCAACUUCAUCGCUUGA